ACAGUCCUUUGGAAGAUGUACUUUGUGUGUUCUGUGAGCUUCAUUGGCAUACUGUCUGACGUUUUUUGGCUUUUGUGGUUAAUGGGAUGUUUGCUGCACAAACUAUACAACAGAUGUGAACCACUGUUUGAAAGGAAUUUUAAUAUGUAGCCAAUCUACUGUAUGCCUGUUUUUUUUUAUUUUAAUUUUUUAUGAAUAUGAACCAAGCAAGGAAUUUAGGCUCAAGAAGGCUGUUCUAGAAGUCUGCAUUAGCUUUUAAUGUUUAUACAAAUGAACUAAGUAGCAGUGGUUCACAGAAGAGGAAGCCCUUUUCACAGUAUCAAGCUACCCACAGAUUCAAAAUGGAUAGUAUAGAAGAACCUCAGAAAAAAGUCUUCAAGGCUCGAAAAACAAUGAGAGUGAGUGAUCGUCAGCAGCUUGAAGCAGUGUACAAGGUCAAAGAGGAACUGUUGAAAGCUGAUGUCAAGCUAUUAAAUGGCAACCAUGAAAAUGGAGAUUUGGACCCAACUUCACCUUUGGAAAAUAUGGAUUAUAUUAUUGACAAGGAGGAGGUGAAUGGCAUUGAAGAGCUUUGUUUUGACCCUGAAAAAAGUAAAUCAGAAUGGAAAGAAACCUCCUGUACCUUAAAUGUUAAUGUAAAAAAUAAGCAGGAUGAUGAUUUAAAGCAUGAACCUUUGUCUCCUAAUAAUAUAGCUCCUGAACUAGUCUGUAAACUGGCUGCUGAACCAUCUUCUGAUGAGCCAGCCUCUGGUGAUCUGGCUAUGGGAGAUCCAGCUGCUGGAGAUUCAGCCCCUGAAGAUCUGGCCUCUGAAGUACUAACCUCUGGUGAUCCUGCCUGUGGCGAUCCCACUUCUGGUGAUCCCACCUCUGGUGAUCUCACCUCUGGCGAUCCCACCUCUGGUGGAAUAGUCUCUGGUGAAACAGUCUCCAGUGAACCAUUCUCUGGUGACUUGGUCUCUGGUGAAUCAGUCCCUGGUGAAUCAGUCUCUGCUGAGCCAGUAUCUAGUGAUCCGGCCUCUGAUGAUUCAGCCUCUGGUGAUCUGUCCUCCGAAGCCCUGGCCUCUGAUGAUCCUGCCUCUAGUGAUCCGGCUUCUGGUGAUCCAGCCUCUGGUGAUCCAGCUUCUGGUGAUCUGCCCUCUGACGAACCCACUUCUGAUGAACUGACUUCUGAAUCAGCCUUUGAUCCUACCUUUGAACCAAGUUCUGUACCAGUGUGUGAAUCUGUUCCUGAAACUGACAUUACAGAGCCUAGUAGCAAUAAAGGUGGUGAUUUUCUUGAGAAAAAUAGUGAUGAUGAAAAGUUAGACCAAAUUUUCUCAUUUGACGAGAAAAAUAAGGCUGAUAGUAAUGUUGAUGGCAAUGAAGAAACUCUAGAAACAGAUGAUACAGUUAUUUGUUCAGAUCUACCUCCUGAAAAUGAAAAGAAGGUAAAGGAAGAUACUGUCACAGAACCUGCUCUUGGAGAGGAGGCUAUAUCUAGCAGUAUGGAAAUUGACCAAAGUGAAAAGAAUGAAAAUGAAAAUUCUGCAGACCUUUCAGAAACCAUUAGUGAAAAUGUUACAAAAGAUGAGAAAAAUGAGAUUAUCUUGGAAAACACAGAUUCUAUGGAGACAGAUGAAAUUAUUCCUAUUUUGGAAAAGCUUGCACCUGCCGAGGAUGAACUUACUUGCUUUUCUAAAACUUCUCUUCUUCCAAUUGAUGAGACAAAUCCAGAUUUGGAAGAGAAGAUGGAAGGUUCUUUUGGUUCACCAUCCAAACAAGAAAGUAGUGAGAGUUUGCCAAAAGAAGCCUUUUUGGUCCUUUCUGAUGAGGAGGAUAUUUCUGGUGAAAAAGAGGAGUCUGAAGUUGUACCACAAAAUGAAACAUGCUCUCCAGCAGAAGUAGAAACUAACGAAAAGGACAGCAAACCUGAGGAAGAAGAGCAAGUAAUAAAUGAAGAUGAAAGACCUUCUGAGAAAAGUGAAUUUUCCAGAAGAAAGCGUUCUAAGUCAGAGGACAUGGAUAAUGUACAGUCCAAACGUCGUCGAUACAUGGAAGAAGAAUAUGAGGCAGAAUUUCAAGUGAAGAUUACAGCCAAGGGAGAUAUUAACCAGAAGCUACAAAAGGUUGUACAGUGGUUGCUAGAAGAAAAAUUGUGUGCGCUACAGUGUGCUGUAUUUGAUAAGACUUUGGCAGAAUUGAAAACACGAGUGGAAAAGAUUGAAUGCAACAAGAGACAUAAAACAGUUAUUACUGAACUACAGGCCAAGAUAGCGAGGUUAACCAAACGCUUUGGAGCAGCCAAAGAAGAUCUUAAGAAAAGACAAGAAAAUCCACCAAACCCACCUGUAUCACCAGGAAAGUCUGUGGUUGACGUCAACAGCAAUAAUAACAAUGUGCCAUACAGAAAUGCAGGCACAGUGAGACAGAUGCUGGAGUCCAAAAGGAAUGUAAGUGAGAGUGCACCAACAUCCUUUCCAACCCCUGUGAAUACAGUAUCUUCAACCAAUCUUGUCACUCCUCCAACAGUUGUCAGUAGUCAACCUAAGUUGCAGACUCCAGUUACUUCGGGUUCUCUGACAGCAACAUCAGUUCUUCCUGCACCCAACACAGCUACAGUAGUUGCUACUACUCAGGUGCCUAGUGGAAAUCCCCAACCUACAAUCUCUUUACAACCUUUACCAGUGAUUUUGCAUGUACCUGUUGCGGUAUCCUCCCAGCCUCAACUCCUACAGAGCCAUCCAGGGACUUUAGUGACCAAUCAACCGUCUGGCAACGUUGAGUUCAUUUCUGUACAAAGCCCACCUACUGUGAGUGGUCUCACCAAAAAUCCAGUAUCCUUGCCAGCCUUGCCAAACCCCUCUAAACCAAACAAUGUUCCUUCUGUGGCCAGUCCUAGUAUUCAAAGGAACUCUCCUGCCAGUGCUGCAACCUUAGGAACAACACUUGCUGUACAGGCUGUUCCAACAGCACACUCUAUUGUACAAGCCACAAGGACUUCUUUACCUACAGUAGGCCCAUCGGGACUCUAUAGUCCAUCAAAUAAUCGAGGUCCUAUACAGAUGAAAAUUCCAAUUUCUGCUUUUAGUACUUCGUCUCCUGCAGAACAGAGCAGCACUACUACCCCAAGAAUUGAAAACCAGACAAACAAAACAAUAGAUGCUUCUGUUAAUAAGAAAGCAGCUGAUAGCACAUCACAGAGUGGAAAAGCCACAGGCAGUGAUUCGGGUGGUGUCAUUGAUCUCACAAUGGAUGAUGAAGAGAGUGGAGCUUCACAAGACCCGAAAAAGCUAAAUCAUACCCCUGUGUCAACCGUGGGUUCUUCUCAGCCUGUGUCUCGACCAUUGCAACCCAUCCAGCCAGCACCACCUCUUCAACCAUCUGGGGUGCCAACAAGUGGACCAUCACAGACAACCAUACAUUUACUACCUACAGCUCCAACCACCGUGAAUGUAACACAUCGGCCAGUAACUCAGGUGACCACAAGACUCCCUGUACCGAGAGCGCCUGCAAACCACCAAGUGGUUUAUACAACUCUCCCAGCACCACCAGCUCAGGCUCCCCUGCGAGGAACUGUUAUGCAGGCUCCUGCUGUUCGGCAGGUCAAUCCCCAAAACAGUGUCACAGUUCGAGUGCCUCAAGCAACUACAUAUGUUGUAAACAAUGGACUAACCCUGGGAUCAACAGGACCUCAGCUCACAGUGCAUCACCGACCACCACAAGUGCAUACUGAGCCCCCCCGCCCUGUGCACCCAGCACCCUUACCAGAAGCCCCACAGCCACAGCGUCUGCCCCCAGAAGCUGCCAGCACAUCUCUGCCUCAGAAGCCACACUUGAAGUUAGCACGAGUUCAGAGUCAAAACGGCAUUGUACUGUCAUGGAGUGUCCUGGAGGUAGAUCGAAGCUGUGCCACUGUGGACAGCUAUCAUCUCUAUGCUUACCAUGAGGAACCCAGUGCCACUGUGCCCUCACAAUGGAAAAAGAUUGGAGAAGUAAAGGCACUUCCCUUGCCCAUGGCAUGCACUCUCACCCAGUUUGUAUCUGGCAGCAAAUACUACUUUGCAGUACGAGCCAAGGAUAUUUAUGGACGUUUUGGACCUUUCUGUGAUCCUCAGUCAACAGAUGUGAUCUCUUCUUCCCAGAGCAGUUAAACCUUGGAGCCUCUAUCUCUUCCUCUUUCUGACUUCCACUUUUUGGUCUUGUUUUAAUCUUGUGCAUGAUAUCCAUUGUAAAAUCCACAUUGUGCAAGAUUUCUUGGACAGCUGUGUAUAUACACUACAUUUGUUUAUAAUCAGAAGUAAAAUAAACAGCCCAUAAAGCAAGAAUCUUCUCCUGGACAAUUGAAGCUUCAAGGUUUUGAAAUGUAAAUGUGCACCUUGCUUUAGUAUUAAGGCUGGGGAAUAUGUGUGGGUGUUUAUGUGUGUUUUUCCCUAUUUAUAUGUUUACUGCGGUGGAACCUCCUAUUUCCAUUCUCAAUUUUACCUCUCUUCAGGUAUUAAGUAAGUAGAUCGAGGGAUCAGAAGUAUGGUAUGUAACUGGCAUGAUUCUACUUCUAAGGGAUCUGUAGGUUCAUGGUUAAAUGAUUUAAACUGAAUCUAAACAAAACCCAAAGAAAGAAAGAAAAAGAAAAAUGGUGAAAUAGUUUAAAAUAGGUUCAUUUGAACACAGGAAAGGAUCUGUUUGUCUUUUUUCUUUUGUUGGUUGUUCAUUAGGUAAAAAAGAUCUGCAGUGGCCCCUCUCUUUCCUAAUCUGACUCUUACAUUUAUUUUGUGCCUUAGAGAUUAACUACAAAAAUAAACAUGACCAUUUGUCCAUUGUUGAUCUUCUCUUUCAGGCUUUCGCCCUUCAUUUCUCCUUCAUCUCCACUAAAUAUAGCACACCUCCCCUCAAGUCACUUUUAAACCAAUCCUUUUAGGUAUAUUCUUAUCAGUGGCAUCACUACAUUUAACUCCCCAAAUUUGACUUGCUCUUUUCUUCUAAUAAUGUAAGUGCUUUUAUCUUUGGUCACUAUUUAAAUUAACUGUGUAAAAUGGACCAAGAAAGACCAUAUUAUGUAAGAAAAUUGUUCUUCAAACAUAUUUUAGGAUUUAUGUUGCAUACUGUGUUAGAGAUUAUAAAAGCAGUGUUAGUUCUCUUUAUCACUCGAAGCAUAGUAUUCUUUCAAAUGUAGUAAAGAAUAAAAUUCACAAAGUACAGUGAACUAAAAUAUCAAAGGGAAAGCUUUAUUUCCUCAUUGUCAUAUCAUUCUUUCUGUUUUAAUCUUUUAACUUUAUUUUGAUGGUGCCAAGUUUUGUCUGAUUUACCCUCUGUCAGCUUUAGAUAGGAUUUGGGGUUAUUUUAUUUAACAGUUAGGUAUAACUUUCUGUGUCUCUCUGUUCCUGUUCAAAGUUAAUCAAAUUCAUUUUAGGUCCUGGACUUUCAGUAUGAGUGCCAGCUCUCCUGGUUUCAGGUAGGUGUUUGAGGGUAGAUAGUUUAGGGUAGGAGAAAUAGGGUAAGUUUGGGGAUGAGAGAGAAUGAUUGGGAAUAGUGUGAAAGGAAUUCAUGGAGUUUGUCAAAUAGUUUUUCAAGUCAUCUUCCCUUACCUUAUUUAAAUUCCUACCUUCUCAAAAUAAAUUCAUCUUUAGUUUUCCCUGGAAUUAUAGGAGGGAGGUAUUCCUUCUGUGAAUGCUGCUUUGUUUGCAACUUUGAUGGCUUGUAAUGAGAAGCAUUCUAGUUGUAAAACUCUCAUUAGAGACUUUCACUGGUCAGUGUACUGUCACAUUAGGUGUGAAGUUUGAUGCUGAAGAAAGUCUACAGAUUGCCAAAAUUGUAAAUGUUCCAAACCUUCCUUUCACUUUCAGAAAAUGAGACCACAAUGAGAAUUAAAGUUUUUAUCAAUCAGGUUUACCAAGCAUGUAGAUGUUACUCAUUCUAGGACUGAUGGUGGUAAAGAAGUUGCCAGUGUCAUGCCAAUCAAAAUUCUGAAAGGGAGAAUUUGAUGAUCUUCUAGAUGUGUAUGAACACCUAUCUAUAUCUGCAUGUAUAUAUGUUUUUACCUGCAAUGGUUGCAUUGUUGAUUAUGUGAUCAAGAUCAUUCCUGUCUGCAGAAUGGAAGGCCCAUGUUCAAAAUUGUUCUUUAUUGGCCAGUUUAUGCUCAUGUGAUGACAAUUUGCCCUAGCCUAGAAAAGCUUCCCUUGGUGAAUUUUUUUAUUUAUAUUCACUAAUCUUUUUUUUUUUUUUAAAGCUUUCAUAGCAUUAUGUAAUCAGGCAAAGAAGCCCAGUAGAAUGAAAGUAUUUUAGCCUAUAUUGUGUGUUUUCUGUCAAAGGAAGAAAUAAUAAAUUACCAAACAGUAACCCUAAAAAUAUAUUUACUACAGCAAAAUCAAACUUUUUAUUCCAGAAGGUGGAAGGAAGGAAGCUACAAAGAGAGACUAAUUAUUUGAGGAAAGCGUUUAUUAUGAGAUGCUUUCCUCAGAUUAGCCUGCCAUGGAUUUAUAGGCAACAUCUAUAUUGAAUUUACUGAAAAAUGCUAGGCUUAGAACUGUUGGCUUUUAUUUUGGGCAGGUUUUAAUGUUGAUGAGCUGCCUUUCUGUUUGGUUCAUUUCUUUUGGGAGAAAGAAAGGAGGACUCAACUAGAAAUAGCUACUGAUUACAGACCAUAUUGUAGCAAUUCACACUCCAUGGUACCUUUUUUAUUUCAUGGUACCUUUUCACAAAGUAUUACAGAUAAGUUUGAUUAUCCCAUUUUGGGAAUGCAAGUUUGCUGCAUUUUUAGCUGGACAAUACUUGUCUAAGUGCUGCCUUAUUGGAAAUUCUGAAAACUUCUGAUAUAUUGACCUGAAAUGUAGGGUGUUCAUAUGGCUUUUAAAAAGUAAGUGAUGUUUGUUACUCUCUGUUUUGCACUUUGUCAGAGUAACUUUCACCCUGUUUUAAGUGUAAGCCUCAUUUAAAAAUUAUGUUCUUGCCAGUAAAUUUAUAAAUUACCAAGACAACA